CCCAGCCUUGGCCACUCUGCCCGAGCUUCUUUCUGGGCUGGCACUCUGUGGAAGUGCUGGGAGCCCCCUGAAGGCAGGUUCCAGAACUGUCUUGGCUACUGCUGUUUCCCAGGAUCACUCAGCAAAGGGCCGGGCACAGAGUGGGCACUGGGCAAAGGUUUGGUGAAGAGCUAAGCACCCCGGUUCUGUCUGUGAGGGCACGGGGACGCCUGCCCCUGAGGUGUCCUUCCUUGUGACUUAGACAGGCUUCCCCACCAGCGGACGAACCCCACUCCAGAGCGCACGACGUGGCUAAUGGAACGAGGGCUGGAUGCCAGUUUAUAACCUUGUGCCCUCAGCCAUACACCCUGAUGAAAAGCACAAUCUUUGUAGCCCAGCAAGAUGGCCCGGAGGAGAUGGGGCGCGACUUCUCGGUCCUUGAGCAGAAAAGAGAGUUCGGAGUCUUUCUGACUGAAGGAAUCAAGACGCCUGGGACGCAGAGAGGGAAGGAACGAAGGAAGGGCAGAAGGCCCCCUUUCUCCGUCCCGGAGUGCUGAGCACCGCCCAGCCGGUGUUAACACCUGGCGGUGGGCGUGCCUCAGUUUCCCGGAGGCGGGGCGCUUCUCCUCCCUCUCCUGCCCCACCCUUCUCCUCCGGUUCCUCUUUGGGGAGCUGGAGGCCGUGCUUCGAGCUCCCGGAACUAAAGCUGGAGCUCGGCCAUCAGGAGCCGGGGGCCACGUCAGCGGGGCGGCGGGGCUCUGGGGGAGCCGGGGAGCGGGAGGUGCCAUGCAGCGGGGCGCGCUCCUGGCGGGCGCCCUGGCCGCCUACGCCGCGUACCUGGGGCUGGGCGCGCUGCUGGUGGCGCGGCUGGAGGGGCCCCACGAGGCUGCGCUCCGCGCGGAGCUGGAGGUGCUGCGGGAGCAGCUGCUGCGGCGCAGCCCGUGCCUGGCCGCCCCCGCGCUGGACGCCUUCGUGGAGCGAGUGCUGGCGGCCGGCCGGCUGGGGCGCGCAGCGCUGGCCAACGCUUCGGGGCCUGCCAACGCCUCGGACCCGGCCUGGGACUUUGCCUCUGCUCUCUUCUUUGCCAGCACACUGGUCACCACCGUGGGCUAUGGGUACACGACACCACUGACUGAUGCGGGCAAGGCCUUCUCCAUUGUCUUUGCACUCCUGGGCGUGCCGGUCACCAUGUUGCUACUGACUGCCUCAGCCCAGCGCCUGUCACUGCUGCUGACCCAUGCACCCUUGUCCUGGCUGAGCAUGCGCUGGGGCUGGGACUCCCGGCGGGUGGCCCGCUGGCACCUGGUGGUUCUGCUGGGAAUCCUGGUGACCACCUGCUUCCUGGUGCCCGCCGCAAUCUUUGCCCACCUAGAGGAGACCUGGAGCUUCUUGGAUGCCUUCUACUUCUGCUUCAUCUCUUUGUCCACCAUUGGCCUGGGUGACUAUGUGCCCGGUGAAGCCCCCGGCCAGCCCUACCGGGCCCUCUACAAGGUGCUGGUCACAGCCUACCUCUUCCUGGGUCUGAUCGCCAUGGUUUUAGUGCUGCAGACUGUCCGGCAUGUGUCUGACCUUCAUGGCCUCACAGAGCUCAUCCUGCUGCCCAGUCGUCUCCCUGCCGGCUUCCAUGAGGAUGAGGAUGAUCGGGUGGACAUUCUGGGUUCCCAGUCAGAACCUCACCAGCAACUCGCCACCAGCUCCCACGCCAACUACGCCUCCAUCCCCAGGUAGCUGGGGCACCCUUGAAGCUGGAUGGACCUAGCCUGCGGCUGAGGGACCAUGUGACUGGAGCUGACAUACUAGGCCAUUGUGGGCACAUGCCAGUGCUCCUGAGAGCACUGCCACAGCUGUCCAUCCUUUGUCGUACCUGUCCUGGGCUCCCCAAGCACCUGCAUUGCUUUGUUUUGGCUCCUUCCCUGAUCUCCCCCCACAUUCGGUGCCUCUUCGGCUUUCUCAUCGCCUCUAUCUUUCCCUCUCAACAUCUCUUUUUU